GCAAGCUUUACCUUAUGGGGGCAUACCUUCAUCUGCAUUGAAUAGGAAAAUGGAAAAAACUGAUCCACUCCUUAUUGAUGCCAUUGCCCAAGUGGACGCUUUCCAUGAUCAAGAAGAUUAUUAUACUGAUUAUGCGCGAGGCAGAUCAUUGAUCGGAGUUGUUGAUCCAAUACGACACCCUGAAUUAUCGUUAGGAUUUUUAGGAAACGAUCUUAGAGGGAACCAGGUUGGACCUGAUAUUAAUAAAAUUUCGAAGCAAAUGCAACGUCGCAAAACUGGUCUUACUAUAGGAAUGGGUACUAAUGCUGAUACUCAAAUACAUAAUCAACUUAAGGGUAAUACUCACGUUUUCUCUACACAAAAGGAAGGAAAAAUUAAUGAAGUGACUUCACCUAGUGAAACUAAUUAUGCAGGGCGCACUAUAAUGCGAAAUCCUGAAGAGUGGCAAAAAAUACUUUCCAAAACUAAAUUACCUGUACAAAAAUAUGGUAAGGUGCCCAGUUCGUAUAGCACCCCCAAGAAAGAUAGAAAUAUUAUGUUACAGAAGCCAGAUCAAUCAUGGAAUCUCCAACAGUAUACAAAUAUAACUGGUUUAUAUAUCGCUCCUCCAAAAGACAGAAACAUAAUGUUGCAGAAGUCUGAUCAAUCGUGGGGUCUCCAGCAGGACGUUAAUGAGACUAGGCAUAUUCUAUUCAAUAUGUAUAUGGUACUCGCCACUAAGGGAAUGGUUCAAACUAAGACUGAAUUUGUUUUGCCAUCUGGUUUUGAAAAAUCUAUUCCUAAAAAUAGUAGAGAACUUAUUCUUCCAUCAAAUCCCUAUUCACUAAGUGAAAUGCAGCAUGAAGACCAACAAAGGCAUUUAUCAUUACAAGACCUAACAUCCCAUGCUGAGACAUUCCAGAGACCAAUUCUUGCUUCAGACCUCUACCCAAUGAACGAAAUGCAGCGUGAAGAACAAGAGAGGCAUUUAACAUUGCAAGAUAAAACAUCCCAUAUUGGGACAUUUUGGAAACCAAUUUUCACUUCAGACCUUUACUCAAUAAGUGAGAUGCAACGUGAAGAGCAGGAAAGGCAUUUAUCAUUGCAGGAUAUAACAUCCCAUUCUGGGACAUUUCGAGGACCAAUUUUACCUACUGAUUUGGAAUUUCUUUAUAGACAACAACAAGAGGAGCAGAAUCGAGACGUAAAUACUUCUCUACAAAAAUCCUAUCUGACUAAGGGGAUGCUACCAGCCAUUUAUCCAGAGAAAGCGAUACAAGAUAGCUUAAUUACUGAUACAUUUUCUAACGCACAUUUAGCUAAUAUCGCUGAGACGUUACCUAAAUCUGCUGGAGCUGAUCAAUAUAAUAUUCAUGUUUAUAGUUCUGCCCCUCCACAGAUUUCAACAGAAAGAUCGAACCCAGACACUCUUUGGCAACAUACUUAUGAAAAUUCACCUAUAUCUGGGUCAUCUCUUCCUGAAUGGCGAAGUCAUACCGAUGAUACAAUGGCUUUAGGAAAUUCAACUGAAACUGUCUUCAGAUCUAAUGUAUCUGGGGGUUAUGGUACUGUUCCCACUGGACCUAAAACUUUACGCGCAUACAAAGAAAGUGACUCUAUGAAUUUACAUGACGAAUUGGUUAAUUCCUUUUAA